AUGGCUGCCGAAGAUAACACAUCUGAACGUAUUCUGCGAGACAUCAAGGCAGAAUUGGCCAGCACACCGUACAACUUCGGUUCUGCUCGACUGCUCACCGGAGGAACAGCGAAUUUCAUCUACCAGGCGCGCCUGAAUCAACCUCUUCCUGGUGGGACGUCGGAAGUGGCCAUCGAGCACGGCGAAGAAUUCGUCCGCCAAAGCCCAGGCUUCAAGCUCACUACCUCCCGUUGCCGCAUCGAGGAGUCUUGUCUUAAGUAUCUAGCGGCGUUUCUGCCGUACAUAAACUCGAAUGUCUCAGUAACCACGCCGAAGUUAUUCUAUUUCAACAGAGACACCAACACGCAAGUGCAAGACUGCCAGCCAACCCCGCUCAGCCUCAAGCUCUACGCGAUUGAGCACUUUGCACUCUCGCAUUACAACUCGCCGGCACAAUCCAACCUGCGUGAGACUGCUUUGGCGAACAAGGACAUGCAGUCUAUCAAGCAUUGGGCCAACUACCAGCAGCUUCCGAACGCGAUGAAAAGACAUCCGACGGUAUUUCGUGGUUGUGGAGACAUCUUCAAUGCCAUCGUGGGAAAGUCGACCGAGGAAUUGAUAGACCAGAAAAGUCUCCAGGUCACCCACGGGGACUUCUGGACGGGAAACAUUCUCUUGCAAGGGGUACGGUGGGAAUGGCGGCGUAUGCAUCUCUUUGUGAUAGACUGGGAGAUGUUCCAGGUUGCCCUCACACCGUUGGAUUUCGGUCAGAUGAUUGCAGAGCUUUAUCAGCUGAAGCUGUACAAAAACCUGGAUGCGGGCCUAUGGUUGAUUGAAGGCUUCACCAAAGGCUAUGGUGAUGUUGAUGACAGUUUCGCCUUCAGAACGUUACUUCAUGUCGGCGUGCAUCUCAUUGGUUUUGGAACCACUGUGCCCGAUUGGGGUGAUGCAGAACAGGGAGAGAAAGUAGCAGUAGCAGGACGGGAAAUUGUAUUAGGUGCUUGGGCAAAAAGUCGGCGGUUGUUCGACGACCACCCGCUUGGUUGCAUUUUCUGUUCAGCUUAA